AUGAAUGGUGGAAAAUACAGGAACGACGAGAUGUCUUGUCAAGUGGAGCAUGUCUCGCUAAAAUUCAUCAAAGAAGUGCGGCAAAAUCUAUGCUGUUUGCAGGUAGAGAAUAACACGAUGUUUAUAGCCCUCAAGACAGGGUAUUUGUUUAUCAUUGACCUAGAUGAUCCGGCUACUGUACAUUCAUUCAUGGUACCAAUGCUUGUAAACAAUCAAGAAAAGUUACUACAAAUAUGGGUGAACAAACAGGCCAGUUUGGUAUUGUUCAAGACGAACUUUGCUAAGUAUUAUGUGGGCCAUGUGGAUGGGAUUGUAAAUAGUUCGAGUAAGAGUGGGAAAAUUAGUACAUUGAAAAAGCUCAACAAGAAAAGUUGUGAUAUUCGGACCGUAGACUGGGGGUUUAGUGAAACGAGACUGUUAAUAGGAACGAAGGAAGGGAAAGGAUAUCAUAUUAACUUGGAACCAUGUGUUGCAAACGCAAGUAGUGACGCCCAACUCACAAAGGUAUAUAAUGCCGUGGAUAAUAUCGACGGAAUUAUGUUCAAUAAGGAAUACGGUGCAUUGCUUGUGGCAGGAUCUCAGAUAAUGUUCUGGGAUAAGGCACAGGUUGCAGACAGCGAUCCAAUUCAUGUGUUUUCUUCUGUAAAACCCACUGCUAGUGAGCAAUAUGAACAAAGUGAUAAGGAACUGGGCUCGAGAUUUUAUGUAUCGGGUAGCGUCUUUGCAUGGGUAACUCAAUCCGGAAUCGUGCUUGGAGACAUGAGAGACAAAAAGCCGUUACUGAGUGCGAAGGUUCUAUUGUACAUGGAACUACCAGCAUCAACGCAUAGGGUCAAAGAUGUGAAACUAACCAAUUACCAUAUUAUUUUGUUAAGAGGAUCAGAGCUUAUCGUGGUGAACCAAUUGACUAUGAAAAUUGUAUUCCAGGAAUCAAUAUUCAAUUCGAACGAUGUUGAAAAACUACACUCGUUAGCUGUCGACUAUAGUCAAUCGCCUCCAACUAUAUGGUGCCACUCCAGCUCCAAUGUAUAUGAACUUGUGAUGAAAGAUGAAAACAAAUCGGUUGUGAAACUGCUUUGUGAUAAUGGACGUUUCCAAGAAGCUUUAUCGCUUAAUGAUAUUCCUGUGGCAGAAAAGGAUUAUAUACAUGGGCUAUACGGAGAUUUCUUUUAUGAGAAAAAAGACUGGGUAAAUGCUGCACAGCAGUAUAGUCAAAUAAGGUUAUCUAACAGCUGUGGUUUAACAGCAUUGAAGUUCAUGAAGGAUGCGUCGCAAGCCGAAUCUCUUCAAAAAUUGUUGCAAAUAAAUUUAGAGAACACAAAGGACGUGUAUCAGGUUAAACAAGUUAUUCUAUCGUCUUGGAUUGUGCAUAAUUAUAUGAACCAAUUAAACAACAUUGACGAAAAGAUUAGUCGAGAUCCUUCAAAUGAAAAGUUGGCCAACGUUAAACGUGUUCUUGUUAAAGAUUUUGAGGACUUCGCAAGAACAAAUUUUAAUAAGUUCGACAGAGAAACCAUAUACCAAAUCAUUUCAAGACAAAACCGAAAGAAGGAGCUACUAUUUUUUGCCACUCUAGCGGAAGAUUACGAAUAUGUUUUAUCCUACUGGAUCAAACUGAAGAAUUGGUACGAAUCAUUGAAGUUGCUUUCGUUACUACAAGACCCAGAUUUAAUUUACAAGUAUUCGAGUAUAUUAUUGAUCAGCUCACCAGAUACAACUAUUAACACGUGGAUGCAAAUUUCAUCCCUCGAUCCAGUUCCAUUGAUCCCAGCUAUCUUAUCCUAUUUCACAAACUAUCAAAAGAAAAAGGCAGAAGGGGUUCGUUCUAAUAGUCAAAAUCACGGCGCAAAUUAUUUGAAAUGGUGUAUUCGGGAUCAACACAAUUCAACACCGAUUAUACAUAAUACUUUCAUAUACAUGAUGGUAGUGGAUAAAUCAAAUGAUAAGGAACAAGAAACUAUCCAAUUUUUGACAGGUUAUAGUAAAAAUUACUUUGACAAAGACUUCAUUCUAAGAUUAAGUUUACGCUAUGAAAGAUACGCGGUAGCCAUAUGUAUAUAUUCGGAACUAUCGCUAUUCGAAGACGCAGUAAAGUUGGCUUUGUCGCAUGAUAUGUUGGCUGCUGCAAAGGGAGUGGCCAGUAUGGUUGAAGAUAAGGAAUUGAAAAAGGCAUUGUGGUUGGACAUAGCAGCAGUCGUGAUUAAACAAGAUCAGGAUAUCAAAAGCACACUAACGAUGCUAAUUCAAGAAUCCGAAAAUAUUCUUUCUAUAAAAGAAUUGUUGCCAUUAUUUGACGAGUUCGUCACUAUAGCAAAUCUAAAGGAAGAAUUGGUCCGCAGCCUCGAAAAACACAGUAUGCAGGUUACAAAAUUGUCUCAAAACAUUCGUGACUCGCUAAAAAUCAAAAAUGAAAUUAAAAACGAUAUUUUACUCUUCAAAGACCGGUACGAAGCCUUAGAGCCAGGUGUUUCGUGCUCGUAUUGUUCCAAACCUUUACAGACAAGGAAAUUCUUUGUGUAUCCUUGUGGGCAUUCUAUCAACACUGAUUGUAUUAUAAAAAUCAUCAUGUCAUCUAAUCAAUUCACUUUAAAAGUAAAGAUUCAGAACAUGCAGAAACAACUUUCUCGUGAUAAAAACUCAGUAAAGCCCGAGGAGCUGGAUGAGCUUCUUUCCGCUCAAUGUCCACUCUGCAGCGAAAUUACAUUAAAUAGUAUAGAUGAACCGUGGGACCUAGACCAAAACGCUGCUGCCAAGUGGAAGUUAUAG